GCACAGGUGGGUGCACUGCUGGGCACAGGUGGGUGCACUGCUGGGCACAGGUGGGCGGAGCUAGUGGGCGCACUGCUGGGCACAGGUGGGCGGAGGAGCUUGCGGGUGGCACUGCUGGGCACCGAUCAUCAGGGCACUGAUCAUCAGUGCCCUGAAUCUGAGAGCGUGAGGAAAGUGCAGCCGAGAACCGGCACUUGCAUUUUCCUCUGAUCAGCGUGUCAUUGGACACCGCUGAUCACGUGGUAAAAGGCCGCUGUGAUUGGCCUUUUACCACAUCACGUGAUCAGCUGUG